AGGCAGCGCCGUGGUUUCCUCGUUUGACAGCAGGGGCUUGUUUUACAGCACAAAACAACAAGGAUGAAGAUUUCAAGCGACGGUGCAGCAUCUACAGAGAUCGAGGGGACGUGUAGCUGAAAAGCCGUCAGCUUCAUCUACAUCUCCCGGUGUGACCGGCCUACUUUAGCGUCCGGAAACGCUGAAUAUCGACUGAACUGCAGAUGAAUGUCUGAGCUGUCCCUGGAUUUGUUGUUGUUAGCUGCUAAUGCUAACCAUAGAAGUUGCGAGCUAGCUGGCCUAGCAAGCUAAUGGUUAAAGCGAGGAAAAGACUUACUAUGUUUGAUUUACUCGUUCGGGGAGUAAACUCGGCGUUGUUUAGCUAAUGGAGCCAGAUAACCUUAGCUUCAGUAGUUCAAGAAGUGCAGCUUUGGCAAAGCUUUUCAAGUAACCAAGCGUAGUAGUAAUACUUAGCUAGCCAGUUAGCCACAACCUUUGGAAGAAUGAGUAGAAAACAUCAUCAUUUUAAAGGAGCCGAAGUCAGCUGCUGUGUGAAAUACUUCUUAUUCGGAUUCAACAUCAUAUUCUGGUUACUAGGAGCAGCAUUCUUGGGAAUAGGCCUGUGGGCAUGGGCGGAGAAGGGUGUGCUGUCCAAUCUGUCAUCCAUCACGGACCUCGGGGGUUUCGACCCCGUGUGGCUCUUCAUCGUUGUAGGAGGGGUCAUGUUCAUCCUGGGCUUUGCUGGCUGCAUCGGAGCACUGAGAGAGAACACUUUACUGCUUAAAUUUUUCUCUGUGUUCCUGGGUUUGAUCUUCUUCUUGGAGCUUACUGCGGGGAUCCUUGCUUUCGUCUUUAAGGACUGGAUCAAAGACCAGCUCAACUUCUUCAUCAACAAUAAUGUCAAGGCCUACCGCGAUGACAUCGACUUGCAGAAUCUCAUCGACUUUGCCCAGGAAUAUUGGUCAUGCUGCGGCGCUCAUGGGUCCGACGACUGGAACAUGAAUAUCUACUUCAACUGCACUGACAUGAACCCCAGCAGGGAGCGCUGUGGAGUCCCCUUCUCCUGCUGCGUCAAAGACCCUGCAGAGGAUGUCAUCAACACACAGUGUGGUUAUGAUGUUCGGCUUCAGGGGGAGUUGGAGCGGCAGCAGUAUAUCUACACAAAGGGCUGUGUGGGACAAUUUGAGAAAUGGCUUCAGGACAACCUGAUUAUUGUUGCUGGGAUCUUUGUUGGUAUUGCACUUCUACAGAUUUUUGGCAUCUGCCUCGCUCAAAACCUGGUCAGCGAUGUCAAAGCUGUCAAAGCCAACUGGUGACAUGAGGGGUGAGGUGCGGGAGCCGUGCCCUUCAGGUCCCGCCAGGGUCAACACAGCACACAAACCAUCCCGUCCAGCAGAGGACGGAGAGCAGACACAAAAUAGAUGCAUAAUUGCAGACACAAAGAGUUUAAUUCCCUGUUUAUCACUUGAAGGGGGGGAGAAGAAAAUAUCCCACACAAACCAAACAGUCAACACUUUGUUUACCACCCAGCUGGGAUUUUACCCAAAUAUACAGAGGACAAUGGUCCUACCUACUUCAGAGUUAGUCUUUUUAUCUGUUUCCUCAGAUUUUUUUUUCUUUGGACAAGUGUAUUUAUGGGGCGCAGUUGCACAAGGACUCCUGUCAGCUGGGAGAUUGGAAGCCAUGGAUGAGAUGACAAUAAAACAAAAGGUAAACAACAAGUCCUCUUUUUAGGCCAAGCAUUACAUUGUCACAGAGCCUCUGUUCACCCAGUGAGGGGUUGAACAUUUCCUCCUAAAAAGAGCCUUUUUUUAACGUACUUGUCCCCAGUUUCUGCAGUAGAGAAUCAUGGGUGACUGGCCGCCUGGCCAACAAAUGCAUGGAUUCCUAUGUGUGUCAUUUCUCCAUUGUGACCUUUUAUGACCACUGAAAGACUCUGAACACUGGCUGGUUAAGUCUGCAACUUUAAGUCAUUUGAAGCUCAAAAUGUAAAAAAAGUGCCAUUAAUUUCCAGUGAGUCUCCUUACUGUUCUUUACAUGUGAUUUCUGCACCCCGCCCCAGAAUACCUCAGGUCCUGGCCUAAAUAUAUGCUCUGCCUCCCGCUCAAAGCAUAUCUAUUUUUUUCCAUCCAUGUUUGUUGAAUUUAGAUAGACGAACUUAAUGCAGAAAAACACUGACAGUUCCUCAAAAGUCACCCUGUUUGACCUGCAGUGAUUGUAUUAUCCAUUGAUUUAUUGAAGAAUAUUGUAUUGUAUUAUAUGGAAAUGCCUGGUCAGGAUCGUAGAUCUAUGUUAUACAGGGAAAAGGGUUUAAUGCAGAGAUUGUUGUUUAUCUCAGAGCAUCCCUCAGGCACAUGGGAUUGCUGGUUUGGGGCCUUUUAACUUGACUUAUGUUACCACAUUUGUCUUACACUUACAUUUUGUCCUCAGCAUAUGGAAAUACAAAAAUAUGUCUGUUGUUUGAUGUUCCAUCAAAGAUGUUUAAUCUUUUAUUUCCUGUUCUUUUAUAGACAGAUUUAUAUCCCAGGCUUAUUGUUUGACUUAACUGAGAAAUAGCAUCUUAUCAUUGAUAUUGUUAGCAGUCCUGACAGAGACCAAAUAAUAUCAGCAGGCCACAAGCUAACUGCCAAGGUUUUGUCUGGCUACAAUUCUGAAUUUAUUAGGAAUGCUAACAAUAGCAAAUAUCAUUUCUAGAUAGCCAAAAUGUGAAUUUAUUGUGGGAAGUGCCAGUUUAAGUGAGAAAUCAAACAAAAUUAAAAAUCUUACAAUAUUGCUUUUAUCUUUUUAAUUCAAUUUUGUGUCUUUUGUUUGGACUGUUUAUUUAAUAGAAUAGCUGUUAUCUUUGAUAUUAGAAACAGUCUCAAUAUAACAUGAAUGCUGCUUUAACUUUGACUAGAUUAUUGAUGUGUAGUACAGUAACCAAGCUAGUAACCAAGCUAGCAACAAAUCUCAAAUGAUGGCAUUUUAACAAUUUGCAAUGUUUUAAUUGUUUCCAGGAAUAAUGAGGAAUAAUUCUGAUUUCUCAAGUUUACACAUUUUACUCAGCUUAUGUUGCCCUUUUAUUAUAAAAAAAAGUCUUGUCUCACAUUAUAUAAGUUGAUCAUUUACUUUGAAGAAUGCAUCUUUUCAUCCUCACAUGAGGGUCCAUGUAAUGAUUUUCUACAUGUCUAUCUGUCUUUAACCACCACAGUUGUUUUAGAUACACAGUACUGGCCAAAUUUGGGUGGGAUUUACUGGACCACACACCUCCUGUAGGAGCAGAUCCAUACACACUCACACUCACUCAGCCAAAAGCAACACACA